AUAUUUUUAAUCAUACCUGGUUUAAGUUGUCGGUAAAAUGGCUGACGAAGUUGAUAGAGCGCAAACUGCGGCUCCAGGAGGAGAUACCAUCUUUGGUAAAAUCAUACGCAAAGAAAUUCCAGCUAAAAUUUUAUAUGAAGACGAAAAGAGCUUAGCUUUUCAUGAUGUAAGCCCUCAAGCUCCCGUGCAUUUUCUGGUGAUACCUAAAAAGCCGAUUUCCCAACUGUCAACUGCUCAAGAAGAAGAUGCAAAUCUUUUAGGACACUUGAUGAAUGUUGCAAGAAAAUGUGCAGACAAGGAGAAUCUUAGUGAAGGCUACAGAGUUGUUAUUAAUAAUGGAAAAAAUGGAGCUCAGUCUGUUUAUCAUCUACAUUUACAUGUUCUAGGAGGAAGACAAAUGUCCUGGCCUCCUGGAUAA